GUUUAUUCUUCAUUUUCUGGAUGCUCUUUCUCUCUCUUCUCUCUUUCGCCAGGAGCUUGCGCAAUCAAUAUAUGAUAUGAAAAUAUCCCUAAUAAAAAUUAAUAAAAAGCUGGGCAAUCGAUCCUCGAAAUCGUGAGAGAAAAAUUCAUCCAGUAAUUGAGGGCUGGAUUGGAUUGGAUUUGAUUUGAUUGAAAAUGGCGAAUACAGAUCUGUUCGAUGCAUAUUUCAAGAGAGCAGAUUUGGACUGCGACGGUCAGAUCAGUGGAGCUGAAGCCGUUGCUUUCUUUCAAGGUUCUGGUUUGCCCAAACAAGUCCUCGCUCAGGUGUGGAUGCAUGCUGAUCAGAGAAAAGCUGGUUUCCUUGGUCGUCAAGAGUUCUAUAAUGCUCUUAAGCUUGUUACUGUGGCACAAAGUAAGCGGGAGCUGACUCCAGAUAUAGUGAAGGCAGCAUUAUAUGGUCCUGCUUCAGCGAAAAUUCCUGCUCCUCAGAUAAACCUUGCAGCCACACCUGCUCCUAAAGCAGUAACACCUGCUCCUCAAAUGGCUGGUACCACGUCAGUGGCACCUCAAAACUUUGGUAUCAGACCACCACAGAUGCCUGGAAAUGCAAGCACAAACCAGCAAUAUUUCUCAUCUCAGCAAAGUCAAUUUGUGAGGCCAUCCCAAGCUAUGCCUUCCAACUCUGUGUCUCAUCCACAACUAGUUCCUGCAAGCCAAGCUGUGCCUAGGGGUAGUACCAUGGCUGUUCCUCGCCCUUCAAAUUCAAAUGUCUCAACUGAUUGGGCUGGUGGUGGUCUAGGUGUCCCAACUACCCAAAAUCAAAGUAGGGGGAUUAGUCCUCCUCCAACUCAGGAUGGAUUUGGGCUAACAGCAUCAGGUUUGAUGCCCUCUGUCCAACCUAGACCACAGUUGACAACUGGACAGACGCCUUCUAGUAUUCCAAAACCUCAAGAGGCUGCUGUGGCCUCCAACCAAUCAGCAACUAAGGAUUCUAAAGUUUCAGGGAAUGGCUUCGCCUCUGAAUCACUUUUUGGAGAUGUAUUUGCUGCAAUUCCUGCUCAGCCAGCACAAAGUUCCUCCUCAGCUGCAUCAUCUACGAGUACCUUACCUGUAUCAGUGGGAAUUGUUCCAUCUUCUGCUGGGUCCCAACCUUCAAUCAAGCCAAACACUCUUGAAACUUUGCAGAGUACAUUUUCUCAGCAACCUGUUGGUGGGCUUUCAGCAGGAAGGCAGAACCAGGUUGUUGCAGCUCAAAGUUCUGCUGUUACUUCAUCUGGACUUCCUGUUGGAGCUGCGAAUUCAGAUUCCAGUCAAUCCCAGCCUCCAUGGCCAAAGAUGACUCAGUCUGGUAUUCAGAAGUAUAUGAAAGUAUUUGUGCAGGUAGACACAGAUAGAGAUGGAAAAAUAACCGGUGAACAGGCACGCAACCUCUUCUUAAGUUGGAGGCUGCCAAGAGAGGUCUUAAAACAGGUUUGGGAUUUAUCUGAUCAAGAUAACGACAGUAUGCUUUCUUUAAGGGAGUUCUGUACUGCUCUCUAUUUGAUGGAACGUUACAGAGAAGGCUGUCCUCUUCCUACUACACUCCCAAGCUCUGUAAUGUCUGAUGAGAUUUUGUUGUCUGCUACAAGCCACCUUACAGCUUCACAUGGCAGUGGAACUUGGGGACCUGCUUCUGGUCCUCGACCACCACAAGUUAUGAUGGGUCCACGGCCAGCACCUGCUGCUGCAGCAAGGCCACCAAGACCCCCUGUUCAUCAUGCUGAUGAAAAACAGCCCCCUCAGCAAAAGCGCAAAGUUCCUGUUCUGGAAAAGCAUCUUGUUGAUCAGCUGAGCCAGGAGGAGCAGGAUUCUCUGAACUCAAAGUUCCAAGAGGCAGCGCAGGCUGAUAAAAAGGUUGAAGAAUUGGAAAAGGAAAUAGCAGAUUCUAGACAGAAAAUUGAGUUCUAUCGUGUUAAGAUGCAGGAACUUAUUUUAUAUAAAAGCCGAUGUGACAGUCGACUAAAUGAGGUAACAGAAAGGGUGGCUGCCGAUAAACGUGAGGUUGAGGCAUUAGCCAAGAAAUACGAGGAGAAAUACAAGCAGUCUGGUGAUGUAGCCUCUAAGUUAUCUAUUGAAGAGGCCACAUUUCGCGAUAUUCAGGAGAAGAAAAUGGAAUUGUAUCGGGCGAUCGUUAAAAUGGAACAAGGAGGCACUGCUGAUGAUGCUUUCAAGGAGCGAGCUGAGAAUAUCCAGUCAAGUCUUGAGGAACUAGUAAAAAGUGUGAAUGAACGCUGUAAACAAUAUGGAUUGCGUGCUAAGCCAGUCUCACUGGUUGAGCUUCCCUUUGGCUGGCAACCUGGAAUUCAAGAAGGAGCAGCUGACUGGGAUGAAAAUUGGGAUAAAUUUGAAGAUGAAGGUUUCACGUUUGUCAAAGAGCUCACUCUGGAUGUGCAAAAUGUUGUUGCCCCUCCAAAACAGAAGUCUUUAGUUCAAAAAGUAACCACUCCCACAAAUGAGGAUUUAAGUGCUUCCCCCUCAAAGGCUGUGGAAAAGUCAGAGGAAGCUGCUAGUCUAGGUGAACCAAUUCUGGAGAAAGAAUCAACUCAUGACCAUAGUGAGAAUGGCACGGCAAGAAGUCCGCCUGACAGUCCUGCUGGAAAAAGUACAAAAGAUGGCCAAUCACAUGAAUUCCAAGAUUCUCGAUUCAAAGAGGGUUCUGGUGCUGAUAGUUCACCCCAUGCUAAAGAAAUCCUAAGUGACAUGGGUGGUACUGAAAUUUCUGGGGAUAAAAGCAGCGAUGAGCCUGGCUGGGGUACAUUUGACACUCACUAUGAUACAGAAUCUGUUUGGGGCUUUGAUUCUGUUAGUGGCAAGGAUUUGGAUCAUGAUAAGCACAGUGAAAGUUCUCUAUUUGGUAUGGGCGAGUUUGCUCUAAAUCCGAUAAAAACAGGGUCCUCACAUGCAGAUAAUAUGUACCUGGGGAAGAGCACAUCUUUUUUUGCAGAUUCUGUUCCAAGCACCCCUGCAUAUGAUCAGGGGAGAAGCUUGUUUGCAGAUUCUGUUCCCAGCACCCCUGCAUAUAACCAGGGAAAGAGCACAUUUAUGUUUGCAGAUUCUGUGCCAAGCACCCCAGCCUAUAACCAGGGGAAGAGCUCCUUUGGGUUUGGAGAUUCUGUUCCCAGCACCCCAGCCUAUAACCAUGGGAAGAACUCAUUUGGAUUUGCAGAUUCUGUUCCUGGCACCCCAGCCUAUAAUUUUGGGAAUUCUCCACGAAAGUUUAAUGAAGGGUCGGAGGACCAGUCCUUUGACAGCAUCUCUAGGUUUGAUUCUUUUAAUAUGCAUGACAGUGGAUUAUUUCAAUCCCCACGCCAUUCUCUUGGAAGAUUUGAUUCCAUGAACAGCACUAGGGACGCUGAUCUAAGUUAUGGGUUCCCAUCAAGGUUUGAUUCAUUUAGAGAAUCCAGAGAUUCUGAUCAAAGUCACGGGUUCUCAAGGUUUGAUUCGUUCAGAGAUUCUGAUCAGAGUCAGGGGUUCUCACGAUUUGAUUCGUUUAGAGACUCUGAUAACAGUCACGGGUUCCCAUCGAGGUUUGAUUCAUUUAGAGACUCUGAUAACAGUCAUGGGUUUCCAUCAAGUUUUGAUUCAUUUAGAGAAACCAGAGACUCUGGCCAUGGUCAAGGGUUCUCAAGGUUUGAUUCAUUUAAUGCCAAUGACAGUGGAUUCUCCCAGUCAUCCGGAAAUUCCGUUGCCAGGUUUGAUUCCGUACGUGGCUCUAGAGAGACAGAUAAUAGUCGGUUAUCUUUUGACGACUCUGAUCCAUUUGGCUCUACUGGGCCAUUUAAGACAUCAGUAGAGAGUGAAACUCCAAGAAAAAGUUCUGAUAACUGGAAAGCUUUUUAGUUAGGUAUUGCACAUCAUAUGACGGGGGUGCUUUCCUUCCACAUGAAGCCUUUUUCUUCAUCUUUUUUCCUCCAUGAGAUUUGGUCCCGUUGGUGUGGCAGCCUGGUUCUUCGACGAGUACAUAGCGUGUGGUGGUGAAUUAUUGGUUGUGCUAUUAGCCUUGUUUGAUUUUGCACUUUCUUUUUUUGUCUAAAAUUGAAUUACUUGUGUGUUAGUUUUUCCCUGUAAUUUUUUGAUCAGGACACAUGGAUUAUUUGUUUUUUUUUCAACGUAUACUCUUAAACACUACUUGUGAUAUGGAAAUCAAAUUGAAUUAGUUUUUGGCGAAA